ACGCGCCCGUCCUCAAUACAACAUGGCGUGCUGCUAGCGUCCUUCAAGGACACAUUUGACAUCCCGCGGCAAAAAUAUUACCAGCUGUUUUAAAAUAUUAUUGCAGUGUUUAUUGUGUGUGCUCAAUAGUGCAUGUUGAUACAGUGGUUGUUUACUAAUUGGAAUACCUGCACUUUAUUUGACAUCCUACGCCCACGAUUGUUUCUGUAAGGGUCUGCCGUCGUGGUCGAGCGGGCUGGAGGCGGCGGAGGCAGCCCGCGCGCGUCUCGUGCGUUGGGCGUGCGGCGACCCGCCCCCCGACCCGGAGCCCCCUCGAAAAAAGAUGCCGCAUGCGCUGCGGAGACGGUGGCCACUGUGCCCUUGUUUGCAGAAUGAUGAGCCUCCUGAAAUUACGUACUGCGUGGUGGGGGGCGAGGGUGGUCUAGCGCUGCAGGCUGUCACUCCCACGCACCCGAUGCCCCCACAGGAUGAACUCGACGCCAAAUUUGCUGAGUUGGUGGAGGAGCUGGAUUUGACAGCAGUGAACAAAGCGGCGAUGAUGGAUCUGCCAGCGGUGAAGAAAUGGCAGAUCUAUUGCAGCCGACGGCCACCGCCAGGAACCAUUAUGCCGUUGGCCAGUGCUCCUGAGGUCGAGGACUACAUCAAGGCACUUAAUGAAAUCGCUGAUGCGUUCGCAUCAUCAGAAGGCCGAAUCACAUCAGAAAUAUGCGCCCUAGUAGAUGGUCUGAAAACAGCGCUGCGAACAAGAGCACACAGCUUCGUACUGCGGUUCAUCAAGCAAGGAGGACUGGGCGCAUUGUUAGAUGCGUUACAGAGAGCGCCACGGGAUGAUGCCGUUACCAGGCAUAACCUUAUCGCGGGCAUAAAAUCGCUUAUGAAUAAUUCGACGGGACGCGCACACGUGCUAGCACAUCCAACCAGUAUCGACCUGAUAGCGCAGUCGUUGGAUACUGAGAACGUCAAGACUAAGGUCGCCGCACUCGAAAUCCUUGGUGCCGUAUGCUUGGUGCCUGGCGGACAUAAAAAGGUGCUAGAAGCAAUGGUGCAUUAUCAAAAAUAUGCUGGCGAACGUGCACGGUUCCAAGGACUCGUGAACGAACUGGACCGGAGCACAGGCGCGUACCGCGACGACCUCGGCGUGAAGACGGCAAUCAUGUCGUUCGUUAACGCUGUGCUCAACUACGGACCUGGAGAGGAUAGCCUGGAGUUCCGUUUGCAUCUGCGAUACGAGUUGCUCAUGCUUGGUAUACAACCAGUAAUUGAAAAGCUUCGCAAAUACGAGAACGAAACCCUCGAUCGGCACAUCGACUUCUUCGAGAUGGUUCGCAACGAGGACGAGCGCGAGUUAGCGCGGCGGUUCGACAAACAACAUGUUGAUACCAAGAGCGCUCAGGCCAUGUUCGAGCUCCUACGCCGGAAACUCAGCCAUACUGCUGCUUACCCUCAUCUAUUGUCUUUGUUGGAGCAUCUUCUAUUGUUACCUUUGGAGUACAACCCUCACGCGCAGCACUGGCUGCUACUGGAUCGCAUCACACAGCAGCUGGUACUGCAGCAGCCGCCGACCGGUAGUCGUGCCGAUAGCGGCCGCGACAGCGCGCGAACAGAUUCCACCGACCUCGACCGUGACCGCGACUACACCAAGGUGUACGACCCGGACGUGGCGCCUCUGGAAAUCAACGUCUCCGAAAUAGUGCAUCUGUUGGCCAAAGAAGAGGAGCUGAUGGAAGCACGGAGCAAAGCUGACAACUUGGAAAAAGAAAAUGUUGACCUCGCCACAGAACUCGCUAAAAAGGAGAAGCAGUGCGACCAGGCGACGCAGGAACGCGAAGAGCUGGAGGGCUCCGUCUCCAGGCUCAAGGAGAGGCUGGAGCGAGAGACGCAUGCGCAUAUGGAGUGCACGGAACGAGCGCGCGCUGCCGCCGCAAGGGCGCUGCAGCUCGAGCAGCAGUUGAACCAGGAACGAGCGGAGAGAGCAAGAUUCGAGAAACUAGUCAGUGAAGGAAGCAUACCUGAUGACGCCAAAGUUAGCAACCUAAAGAGCGCUGUGAUCGAGACAUGCAGCGUGCCCCCCCCCCCCCCCCCCCCCCCCCUAACCCCCCCCCCGGCACCACCCGCACCCCCCGCACCAGCCCCACCCCCCGCUCCUCACGCGCCCUUACCGCCCGCGGCACCAAAACCGAAGAAGAACGUGCCAACACCGGGCAAUCCUUUAAAGAGUUUCAACUGGAGUAAACUACCCGACACAAAACUACACGGCACUAUUUGGCAGGAACUCGACGAUACUAAACUGUACAACGCGAUGGAUCUCCAGACUAUUGACAAGAUGUUUUGUGCGUACCAGAAAAAUGGCGUUCAGAACGAAGGAUCGGUAGAAGAUCUAAGACAAUUAGGCGCGAAGCCUCGAACGAAGAUCUUGACGGUGAUCGACGGGCGUCGUGCGCAGAAUUGUACCAUUCUACUGUCCAAACUAAAGAUGACCGAUGAGGAAAUCUGCAGAGCAAUCCUGCGCAUGGACAGCGGCGAACAAUUGCCCAUUGAUAUGGUGGAGCAGCUGUUAAAGUUCACUCCGAGCGCCGAGGAGGCUGCACUGCUCGAAGAACAUCAGGAUGAGCUGGACAAUAUGGCGCGAGCUGACAGGUUCCUUUACGAGAUCUCCAAGAUCCCGCACUACUCGCAGCGCGUGCGCACGCUGCUGUUCAAGAAGAAGUUUUCGGUGGCGGCGGCCGAGGCCACGGCGCGCGCCGCCACGGUGCUGCGCGCGGCGCGUGACAUGACGCGCUCGCGCCGCCUGCGCGCGCUGCUCGAGAUCGUGCUCGCCCUCGGCAACUACAUGAACAGAGGAGCUCGCGGAAACGCAUCCGGGUUCCGAUUGUCAUCGCUUAACAAGCUGGCGGACACAAAGUCGAGCGUCACAAGAAACACAACGCUACUCCAUUAUCUAGUCGAAAUGCUUGAAACACAGUUCAAAGACAUCCUUCUACUCGAAGAAGACUUACCCCACGUACGAGCAGCUGCGAAGGUGUGCGUCGAGCAGUUGGAGAAAGACGUGACCGCCCUGAAGAACGGCCUUCGCGAGGUGUCGCGCGAGCUCGAGUAUCACGCGUCGCUGCCGGCGCCUGCGCAGCCCUACGACGAGUUCGUGCCCGUCAUGCGCGACUUCCACGCGCACGCUGUUUGCACGUUUACACAACUUGAAGAUCUGUUCCAGGAUAUGAAGAGCCGUUUGGAAGCGUGCGCAGCUGCAUUCGGAGAAGAAGCAAGCGCGUCGCCGGAGCAGCUGUUCGGUGCGAUGGACUCUUUCCUUACGCAGCUGGCCGAAGCACGCGCAGAGUGUGACGCCACCAGGCGCCGUCGGGACGAGGAAGAACGACGUACCCGUCACGAGCAGGAGCUCAAGAAGCGGACUAUGGAGCGGAAACAAGCGUCCAGUUUGCUGAGCUCAGUUGGUAAAUCCCUUGGGAAGAACUCGCCAGAUUGCAAUGGGCAUAGCAACGGCGACGGUCCCCGAGACGGCACACUCACAAACGGGCAGAAGGGAGAGUUCGAUGACCUCAUCUCCGCUUUGAGGACCGGAGAUGUCUUCGGAGAUGAUGUAGCCAAGUUCAAAAGGUCCCGGAAAACAAAGAACCACAAAGGAAGAGAUUCUCCACCGAAAGGCGUCUGUAGGGAAGACUCCAGAGAACGACAAAAGAAUUGAAUUUCUCGUGGAAUUGUAUGACGGAAUUGACCGAUGCCACGAAAUGGCGUCACGUUUAGAAUAAUUUGCGGUGAUUGGUGGCAAAUGCUCAUAGAGUUAUUUUACUCAGGGGUAGUCACAAAUAGACGUAGACUAAGUGAGAAGAACCAUUCAUUUACUAGGUUGUCGGAGUUGAAGUCACGAAAGAAGCAGAUGGAAAUAUUAUGAAGUUAUUCUAUCUAAUUCUUUUGAACUUACUCUUUUUGACGAGACAUGUAGUAUAGCGUAAUGUUCUAACCGUACCAGUCCUGUAUGACAACGUGAUCGAUUGUCUGUGACCAUUUUGUUACUUUUUUGUACUAAAUAAAUAAGCUUCUGCUGCCGACGUCAGUCACAAACAUGGUGCCUAAUUUUGAAUGUUUUUAAAAGUAUUUGACACAAAUUUUUGACGAUAGCUUUUGCUGGAACGACUGAUUUAGUCAAAGACUGUGCGAAUUAUUCCAUGAACGUUUUUAUAGACUUCUUUGUAUUAUAUAAGCAUUGUGUGAUUUGAAUAACCAUAGAUAGAAUAGCGUGUAUCCUGUUUAACGUAUAAAUGUUUUUAUACAUGAACAUACACCCUAAUAUCAAGUAAGGAUCUUUGAAAUUACGCAUGAAAGAUAAAAAUUUUGGGUUCCUGAAUCGAGCCUGAAUUAUUGAGAAUUGAAUGUUUCUUUUAGCAGAAAUGCGAGAUAUCUUCUAAUGGAGGUAUAGAAAAUGUAUACAAGAUACGAUACAUAUUUCUAGAAGUCUCUGGGUGAAUGUUGCAUGUUAGUCAAACAUUUUGGAUAAAUUUUGUAGCGUUUUUAUACAUGACCUCCAAUAUGUGCUCUACAAUUUCAUAUAAUUUAUUAUCUUCAA